AUGGCGGAUCCCUACAAUCCUUAUACUUCAUACUCCACGCCCACCCCGGGCGGGGUCAGCUACUAUCCUCCGGAGCAGACUCACCAGGAACAGUAUCCAUACCAAACCCACCAGCAACCAUACAACAACACGGAGCCUCAGCAUGAUCCAAACUACCCCUACUCCCCACCACAGAACCCGUACCACCUGGCGCCCGAGUCCUACCAAUCUACUCCCGAAUAG